AAGUAACCUAACCUGAUGUGAUUUCUUCGACUCAUCAGUAAUCUACAGUUAUCACUACAACUGCAGCUGUGGUUUUACAAAACACGUCUUUUAGAUAUCUGUUUAUAAAUUGUUGUUUACUUAUAAUUUAAAAUCUAAAAUAUGUAUAGUUAUCUAUUUAAAUAAUCAAUUAAAAUCGUUAAUACGUUAUAAAAAUACUGUAUAUUUUUCAUAACAAUAUAGAUAUGAUUUAGUUUAGUAGAACUGGACAUGUUGUGGAUUUUUUAGGUCAGUAAGUAUAUUUUCUUGUAUUAUAUCGUUUAUAUAUUAAAUUAAACAUCACGCAGGCACGUCAUUCGAGGCAUUUAAUAUCAUAUUUUGUUAUCGACGAAUUAAUAUUUUUCUACAAAAUUAAUGCCACCUUUCGUUAAACAAAUUUGCGUUUAGUUUCAUAUUAAACUAUUUUUAGUCUCUUAAUAAUAUCUAACAAUUAUAAAAAAAAAAAAAUUAAAAGAUUGCAUUUUUGUAAACCUGUUGACAAAACUAUUAUUAGAUGAAAUCAUAAUAUUUUAUUUUAAUAAUCUAUAAGUUAAUUUACAUUAAUUAAAAUUUGAUAACGAGUGCUCGUUAUUAUGAUAGAUAAUAAUAUUAUCAUGUUGGAGCAAGGUAGUUAAGCAAAGUAGUCCGGUGGUAAUAGUGUAAUAUCUCUCGGUAGGUACCUCGUUACGCAUUUGCAAUUAUUUUGAUUAAAAUAUCGUUAUGCGUAAUAAUUGAAUUGUACGUUACAUAUAGUUUUAUUUAGGGAAAGGAAAUUAUUAGGAAUUUAAUUAUUCAACGAAUAAAAGUUUUAAACGUUUUGAAAAUUUAAAAAACAAACUGUUCUUAAUUUACCUUUACGUUUGGGAGUGUAUUCAUAAAAUUGUCUAUAAAAAAUGUCCGAAAAGAGGUUUAUACUUUUCGAGAUAGUGAGUGUCUCACGUUAUACUGAUCAGUAAAAACACGUUAAGCGCUAAUGUCGACGCAUAGUCUACAAAACGUAUUCGUUAUUUGCUACGGGCGUCGACAACUUGUUUUUAUUUCUAAACCGCUUCCAAAAUUACCAGAAAAUAAGAUCAUUUUGCUCUUAAUAUUCAGCUAAUUCAUCGCCGCAAGACAUUUCAAAUUGUUUAUUUGUUUUCUCAUCAAAUUUGAAAAACCGGGAUAAAACAUGAGAAAACCGGAAAAACGUAGGGAAACUGGGAUAAUCGGUACAAAAUUAACAAAUAUUACUAAAGAAAAUAUAUAAAGCCUAUUUAAUUAUUUUACUAUAAAAUUACAUAUAUAUAUAUAUGUAUUAUUGACAAAGCAUCAGUAUCAGCUGAACUUCACUUGGAAUCGUUUUUUCGUAAGCAAUGGUUUAUCGUUGCUUACAGGUAUACAUUAAAUUAUCUAUAACAGUGGUUGCGCCCUUCCCGAUUAUCCUAGGACGUCUUUUGUUCUUGAUUUUUGUAAUAUUAAUUAAUUAUAAUUAUAAAUCACGAUUACUCACAUUAUUUUACUGUUAUAUUAUUUAAUUCAAAACGGCCUACACGUGGAUUCACACGUAUUAAUAUUAUCUUUCUAAUUAGCCAAUAAAAUAAUAAUAUUGUGUAACAUAUACAUAUAUUAGAACUAUUAAGUAUAUUAUUUGUCAUGAAAAUGUCAUGAAAUUUCGAUAAAAAUAUAACACACACACGGGGGGGGGGGGUUACCCAGUUGCAACCCAUGCAGCAGUCACGUAUUAAUAAUGUUUUUAUAAAUAAUAAUCAAAUUAUCAUUUAAUACGAAUUUGUAUGUAGGUAUACAUAUUUUUUUAAAUAAAUAUGAAAAUUUUAAAUUAAUUUUGUCAAAAAAAAAAAAAAAAAUGUAUAUGUUUAGGUAUAUUUUAUUUAUAAUACGAAUAUUACUCAUGAUUUUUGUUAUUACUUUUAUUCCAGGUUGCAUAGUAUGAAGACAAAGAAUAUAUAAUAUACAAUAAUGAAAUACAUUGCGAUAUUUGUAAUUUUAUUAUACUUUUAUGUUCGUGCAAUAAGAAGUUCAAAUAUCCUUGUUUUCAUACCAUCGCCAUGGAAAAGUCACAUUAUAUCUUUCCAACCAUUAUUUUCAGAAUUAGCAAAUCGUGGUCACAAUGUGACUGUAGUAUCGAAAUUUUCUAUUCAAAAUCCACCAAGAAAUUACACGCAAUUAGUUCCUUCGUAUGAGUUCGAUAUUGACGGAAGUAAGAUUAAUGUAUUUUACGAUCAUAAAUGUUAUUUGUAAUUCACAUUAGGUAUAUAUUUUUUGUAUUGAAAUAAGUUUCAGAAAAUUAAUAAUUCAUUAUGCUAAUCUAAUUGCAUUAGAAUAAUAAUUUUUUGUGUACCUAUCUGCUUAACUGAUAUUUUUAGGAUCAGAUUUCUUAAUGCACGAGCGGAGCAAAUUUUACAUGUUUUUCGAAGAACCGAAAUUACGUAAUACAAUUCUGGUCGAAAGCACUCGUAUGUAUUUAGCGGAUAAAGUGGUCCAGAAGUUUAUUAAGGAAGAUAAAUCGUCUUUUGAUUUAAUCAUCGUGGAAGCAUUUUUCCAAGAAUGUACCGUUGCGUUGGGACAUAAGUACAACGCUCCAGUCAUUAGUAUUGUCCCCGUAACUCCAUGGCUAAGCAUAUCUCGUUGGUCUGCGAAUCCUACAGAUUUUUCAUAUAUUAAAGACUUUACGCUGGAUGGCGGUAGGUCACUGAAUUUCUGGGAGCGGUUCACGAAUACUUUCGUAGGAUUAUACACUUUAUUUCUCGAACCAAUUACGUAUAUUCCCCAAUUGGAAAAUAUGAUGGACACGUAUUUUCAAUAUCCGGGGUACGACAAAAGGCCCACGAUGGCGGAAAUGUUGAAAAAUAUAUCACUCAGUUUAAUCGAUUCUGAUGUAAUGAUCCUUAGUCCACGACCAUAUUUGCCGAGUUACAUCGAGGUACCCGGUAUUCAUUUACGGCCUACCAAGAAAAUUAAUGCGGUAAGAAUAUUAUACGUUUUCAUGUAUUCGGUUUAAAAAAAAAGAAAAAAGCACUGACACACUUCGCACGAUGGUUGGGCCAAUUUUGUAGGUGAAAAGUUGGGAAGUUAGGAUAUAGAGGGUAAUUUAAUGUAUAUCUGUACGCAACGAUUAAUCUUUGAUAACUAAAAAACGAUUCUUAGCGGAGUUCAAUUGAUACUGAUGCUUAAAUAUAGAAUAAGGAAAUAUAAUAUAAAGAUUAAUAGUUAAUAGAAUGUAUUGAAAUCGAAAUUUAUUUUAUUUUAAUAUAUUUCUGUCAUUAGUAUUGCUUUUUCAACAAUGUGCUUUUCCAUGACAGCAAUGAUUGUUUAAAAAUAUUAAAAUAAUAAAAACUUAAUAAUAACAAAAAAAAAUUAAAACGGUUGCCAAUGACAACCUUAUUUUUAAUCUUUCAAUCUAUUUUAACCUAAAGAACUAGGUUUUCCUCAUUAUCUCGAAUAUUAAUGAGAAUUUCAAUAUGACCUCUUUAAAGUACUAUCCAGAGAAGGUACUAUACUUGAUAAUCGGAAUAUGCUUUCUGGUAGAAAAAGUGUUCACAUAUAAAAAAAAAAAAACAUCAUCGUAAAACUACGCUGUAUAAGCAUAUAAUAAUUUGUUAUAAUAAUUUGUAGUACAGGUUAUAACUACUCUCCGCUCAAAAUUUAAAAUAUGCAAUAUUAUUAUUUAUUUAUAUCUAUGGUUAAGAUCAUAUAGGUUUUUAUAAUUAUCAUAAAAUAUGUUUUAUUUUACCAACAGAAGCUACAGUAUUUCAUGGACAGAGCUAAUAAGGGUGUUAUUUAUUUCAACUUCGGUACUAUAUUAAACGUUACAAGUAUACCCAAACCAUCGUUUCAAGCUCUGGUAAAUGUGUUGGGUCGAUUGGAACAAAGAAUCGUGUUCAAAUGGAUUAAUAAUGAGACAAGAGGAUUCCCAAAUAAUUUUUAUGUCGAUUCUUGGCUUCCGCAGAGAGAAAUUCUGAGUAGGUAAUAAUUUUAUUUUUCGGGGAGAGAGAUCAUUUGGAGUAUUACAAAAGAAACAAGAACAUUUUUGGCUUAUAUUUUAUUUAACUACAAAUUGAAGAUUGCUUAAAGAUAUUGUUUAGAAAAUUAGUUCUAAAUUCAUUUAGUACAUAUUUGUAUUGUUUAUGAGGUCACAUAAAUAAAAGUAAUGCUUAUACAGGCAGUUUCACGAAGAUGUACCCUUUGAAUAUUUCUGGAGAUAAUAAAGAUAAUCAAAUUCAGUUUUUUUAUAUUAUUUACAGGGAUAAGGACUACAAAUAUUUAUAUUUUUUUUUUUAUCAAACAAAUUUAAAAAAUAAAUUGAUUUUAUUAUUUUUAGAAAAUUUUUAAAUUGCUAUUCUGUAGAAAUUAUGUUAUCUAGGGAAUAACCUAACCGCGUUACUCGAUAACAUAGGUUUUCACACGGAUUAGUAGAAUUUAAAACGGCUGUUACUUAGAAAUUAUUCAUUGGAUAUAAAUGUGUGAUACAUAAACAUUUUCAGAAUGAUAGAAUCUACAGAAUGGCUAUUUUAAAAUUUUCCAAAAAUAAUAAAAUAAAGUUAUUUUAAACAAUUUUUUUUACAAUAAAAGACUUAAUUUAAAUAUACAUAUUUAUGGUACUAAUCUCUGUGAGCAAUAAAAAAAAAAACCGAAAUUCGAUAUCUUUAUGGAAGCACAUGAGUUGCGUUCCGUAAAAAAGGUAUGCGAAUUACGUCCCAAAAAAUCGCAAUUCGUGUAUUUUUAUCGAAGGUUCUUAAACUAAAAUAAAUAUAAACAUGAGUCAAUUAAAAAAUGGUCUAUAAAAUGUAAUAAAAAAUAAAUAAAUUUUAAAUCACUUAAAUCUAAUCAAAAUCAAUAUAGUCCGUAAUAUCAUAAAAUAAAUAAAUAAAUAAAUAAAUAAAUAAUAAUAAUAAUAAUAAUAACAAUAAUGAUAUCAAUCAAAAUGCCAGAAAAAAAACCUAAUUGUAAUGAUAUGAUAUGAACUUGCUUAUUGUUGCUUAUCAACCAGGCAUCAGUUACAAAAUCCGUCCAUUAUCGUAAUUUAUAAUAUUAGGCACGUAAUAUUCGUAUAAUAUAUCGAAACAUAAUAUCAGACUCCCCUAUAAUUAAUGCAUUACGGAUAACCUCUGAAAACGAAAUAAAUAUCUGCAACCUAACCAAUAUAGUGGGGCGCAACUCGUGUGUACCUUUUUUACAGGAAGCAACUAGGGUGCACCGAUCUUUAUUAUCUCCGGGGAUAUUCAAGGGGUAUAUCUUCGUGGAACAGCCUGUAUUAUAUUAGCAUAAAAUUUUUCUAAAAUACCCAUCUAAAAAAGUAAUAAUAAAAUACAAGCUAUAAAUAUUAAAAAAUAAAAAAAAAUAAUUUUAUUUUAUUUUAGGCCAUCCAAAUUGUAAGCUUUUUAUUACCCACGGAGGAAUUCAUGGUUUAAUUGAAACCAUAGAUGCUGGAAUUCCAAUUAUUGGGUUACCUGUUUUCGGAGAUCAAUUUCAAAAUGUCAAAACCAGUCAGGAUAAUGGGAUUGCAAUUAUGAGUAAUAUUUUUUCGUUAACUGAGGAAACUUUUGAAAAAGAUGUUAGCCGUAUAUUAACUGAUCAGAAGUAAGUGUCAUUAAGAUUAAACAUAUAUUGUUUUGAAAAAUGUGAUUACUGUUAUAUUAUAUUAUUGACAAAUUUAAUUGAAAAAUAUCUAAAAACAAUAUUAAAUAAAACAUCUACGAUAGGUAUGUCUAUUGUUAAAGGUUUAACCAUUUUAAGUUUAAACAAUUGCUGUUUAAAUAUUUUGUAAAAUUGAUUGCAUUCAUAAAUAAUAAUUGCAGGUUUGCUGAAAAGGCAAAAAAAAUGUCGGCCAUAUUUCGCGAUCGACCAUUAUCAGCUCUCGAUAAGGCUGUUUAUUGGGUGGAAUAUGUAAUCAGACAUGAAGGAGCUGAUCAUUUACGAUCCGCAGCAGUGGAAUUAACUUGGUACCAGUAUUACUUAUUAGAUGUUUUUGCAUUUAUCAUUUCAAUUAUAUUGUUUUUAUUAUUUAUAUUGUAUUAUAUUAUCAUGUGCAUAAUAAAAUUAAUACGUAGUUUGUUCACUAAACAGAAAAAUGAUUAAAUUAUUAGUUAAAACAUCACAACUCGUUAAACAUAUUUCUCAUAAUAAAAUGUUCUUGAUACUAAAUACUUUUAUUUUUAUACAGUAAUAUAAUAAAUUAAAAUAUGUACACAAUUUUUGAUGUUUUAUUUUAUAAUUUUAAUUUUUAUCAUACGUGCAAUCAAUAGCGAACCCAGGAGGUCUAAGUGACUACUUAUUCAACUAAGUACAACAAAUUGUAUCACAUGUAUUUUAUGUAUUUUGUAAAACAUUUUUUUACUCAAAUUUGUUUUUAAAUUUAGCCCCUCACGCCUGAGUAUGUUACUGUGUACAAUAGUUGAAAUUAAAUUUAAGAUUUAAGAUUUAAUUAGGUAAAACAAUGAUUAUUAGUUUGAAUUAAAAUAAACUAAAAAAUUGAAGUAUAUACACUCCAGAAGUUAUUUAUUGUAUUUUGAUACUAACAAUGCUAACGCCAAACGAUUGUGAGCAAAGUAAGGUUAAAUACAUUUUGAUAAGCUUAAAAUGAAAACUGUAUUAAUCUGUAACUAUUAACUAAAUCUCAAAUUGCUGAGUAUUUGUAAAGAGUCAAGAAAGUUGUAUCCAUAUAACUCGGAAAAUAUUAAAGCAAAGUAAGGUCAUAAUUUUAACUAUUUUCAAAAAAUUUGAAAUUUUAACUCUGGUAAAAGUUAUAAAAAAAAAAAAACAAGCUGAUACUGGGGAUGAGUACAACCACUGUUAAGUGGGAAGUUGGGAAGGUAGGAUAAAUAAAGUUAUUUAAUUAAUAUUUGUACGCAACGAUAAAUCAUUGCUAGUGAAGAAAGAUUCGGUGCGAAGUUCGCUAAGACAUAUUAUAAAUUGCCGUAAUUUUUACAAUUUUCGUCAAAAUUGGAUCUUAAUAAACGCUUAUGAAAAAAAAAACUAAUGCAUUUCACUCUAAUUUGUUUUUUAGAUCACUUAAUACAACUUAUAUAGUACCUUUUUCCAAGUCAUUAGGGGAACUACUUUAGAUAUUAAAAAAUGACUUUCUUUAUCUACUGUAGACCACUAAGCAUGACUUAUAAUGAAGUUCCUGUCAAUUUUUCAAGCAUUUCUGUUUAGUUUAACAAUUUUAUCUACAGCUGAGUAUCUACUAAAUACAAAUUACAUAGAAAACAAGCAAAAUUAAAAUGUCUAUAAAUAAUGGCUUAAAUAUUUUGAAAAUUUUACCUCGCCUAGAAAAAGCAAAUAUAAGUUUUAUGUCAAAAUGUUAACACUCUGCAAAUAUUUUUCACAGAAUUAUAUUUAAAAACAAAAGCAAAAAUAUAAAAUAAUAAUUUUCUUAAAUUUUCCCAUAUUUUCUACGUAAUAUUUCUGGUAAAAAACAUAAGUUGCAAAAAUUAAAAACAAUGAAAACGGUAACGCCGUAGAGGUCGGCGCGCCGUAAAUAUUUUUCGUUUUACCUAUAAUUUUAUUUCGGUUUUUUUCCAAUUUUUUUGAAAAUCCCUUGGAAAAUCAAUUAAAUGACUUCUUCAAUGCGCCAAUUAGAUAAAAUUUUCUUUCAGAAAGGGUGCUUUGUUUGAUACUUCGGAACAGGAUUUUCGGUAGAAAAGUUACUUAUAGACAUAAAAAAAAAAAAAAAAACACAUAGUAAAACCAUUUUAUGCUAUACUUAUGGAUAAUAAAAUUGAUUAAAUUAUUAUAGCAUUAUGAUUGUAUUUAUGGCAUUUAUUGAUGUUAAAUAAACAUAAAAAUUUAUUAUUUAAAUACUUUAUGACCCUAAUAUGGAGUUUUUUUUUCAAACUGAAAUUGAAAUUUUGUUUGAUACUUGUCAUUGACUUAACAUUACUUUCAGGUAUUUUUAAUUUUAGGUUGGUUGAUUACCUACUUAUAAAUCUUUAAUAACUGUUACUAUGCUAUAUUUCAACGAAUCAUUUUAUGUUCGGCCCUGGCAAUGGUAGCAUGAUUAAAGAAUUGUAUGUUUGUUAAAGUAAAAUUAAAUUUCAAUCUUAUAUUUUAAACAUUGCAAUUAAUUAUUAAACGCUUAUUUAAUAACUAUUUUAAUUGUUUUGAACAGAAAAGUAAAAUUACUGUUAUUCAUUCAACUGGAUGUGAGUGUAAUUUUAUAAAUUAGGUACAGCUACAAUAUUAUAUUAUACAGGUAAUUUUAAUCAUUUUAAAUUUUAUUGCGUAUAUUUUUUUUAAUAUAAAUGAUAAAAAACAAGUUAAGAUUAUCUCAAAGUAUUUAUAUUCAAAUAAAAUUAUAUGAUAACUAUAUAACAAUAACUAUAUGAUUUAAUAAUAUCAGUAUCAUUUGUAUUCAUGAAACAUUAUGCUACUUCCACACUUUCGCGAGCGCGAGGCAAGAUACUACGAGUGCAUUGGUUAACUUCCUUAACUUCGGUGUAAGUACAGUACCCUAAUCCAAAUGAGCAAAUAGUAGAUAAAAACAAUUAAAAAUAAAUACCAAACAAAAUUUUAAGAAUCCAUCUAUUGUAAGCAGUGGCGUGCCUAGAAAUUUUCUAUGGGAGGAGAUGUGGUAAAUAAUAAUCGUGAAUAAAUAGUCAAAUCAUCUUCUCUACUCAAUUAAGUUAUGGAAAUUAGUUAAUUUAAAAGCCGAAUCCUAUAAAAAAUCCAAUUUUUAAUCAAUACAUCGAUCUUUCUCGUAAAUUAGUUGAAAUAAUAAAUUAUAUGGGUUUUGAUAUUAGAUUACUCAUAUUUUUUUGUAUUUUCUAUUCAAUGAAGGUUAUAACCUCUAACCUCACCCCCCCCGCCCCUAUGUAUAACAUUAAUUUUAAGUAUAUAAAUAAUUUUAUUUAUUAUUUUAUAAAUUAUUGAAUACAUAUAUAUGUGAAUUAAUAAACUAUUAUAGUUAUGAAUACCUAAUUUUUAAAAUCUAUUGUCAUUUUAAACAUAGAGGAAUUUAACGCAUUAAUAAAUCUGCUGUAUAAAAAUGGAUUUUCGUGGUCAAUAGACUCAAAAACUACUCAACUGAUUCAAAGAAGUCAAACUUUAAAGGAACAAAAGAAAAUUAAUUUUUAGAAAUGUAUAGGAAAUAAAUAUAACAAAUAUAAACUUCACUUUUUUUCUAAAUAUUAUUUUUACCUUUAAGCAACGAUAAACCAUUGCUGACAAAAGAAGAUUCCGAGCACAGUUCGAUAAUACAUAAUUUGAAGUGCCGUAAUUUUUUUUUGCGAUUUUCGUUUAAAUUUGAUUAUGAAAUGUGAAAUGUUUUAUCCAUUUUUCAAGUCACCACAAAUAUUUUUAACUGAAUUACAACAACUUCAUCUUCUUCUUCUUAAAGUAAAGUAAAGCCAGUAAAGUUUAUUAAUGUUAUAGUCACUGAUACUGUUUAUACAACUGGUUUAACACUUGAUAAUACUACACGUUAUCCACUCACAUACUUAUACACUUUCGUGCUCCGUCACGUUUCAAUGUUUACGAUUUUAAAAUAAUUAUUUGUGAUAUUGGUAUUAAAACAAAAAGUUCUAUAACUCGAAUUUUCGGAUAACUUGAACUUAUUCACCACUGACCGGUCCCUUCAACUUUGAGUUAACUAAGUCUAUCUAAAUGUAUAUACUUGCACAUGGUAAUCAAUUUACUUACUGUCAUGAGUUUUUAAGACCCAUUAUUUCCAGUGAAAACAUGAAAUUUGAGCUUACAAAUAGUUAGAGUAGAUGUUGAAAGUUGAAACCACCAAAAGGCACACCACAGACCUAAAAAUGUUCAUCCCUUUGAAUUUAUCAAAUUAAAUCAAAUUAAUCAAAUUAAAAUUUAAAAUAUUUACAUUGGUUGCCAAGAUGGUGUAUUGGCCAAAAAUAGAAACUACGGCUUAUAAGAGAAUUGCGAAAGAGGCAGCCAAAGGCAGCCAGUAGUGGAUUUUUUUUUAGCCAUUAAUGUAUUCAAAUAUGAUAAUAAAAUAAUAAUAGAUAUUUAUUUUUGUUUAGUCAGGAAUUAUUUUUUCAAAGAAAAUAACAAGUAUCUAAUUUUAUUUGAGGAUAUAUAUAUUCGGAAUAUUAUUGGAUUAAAUUUGACUCAGCAAUUUAUAUCAUGUACAGAUGUACAAAAGUUUAUUAAGGAAGAUCAAUCAACAUUCGAUUUGGUUAUUGUGGAAUCAUUUUUUCAGCAAUGUACCGUUGCUAUGGGUCAUAAAUACAGUGCUCCAGUAAUUAAUAUCAUUCCCGUAUCACCUUGUGCUACACACUCCAUUUCAGCAACGAACCCCUUUGAUUUUUCCUACAUUAAAGAUUAUAAAACCGAUAGCGGUAAAUCACUCAAUUUCCAAAAUCGAUUAUUAAACACUUUCUUUGGUUUAUACACUUUAUUUGUCGAACCAAUAAUUUAUAAUCCAAAAAUGGAAAAUAUGAUGAACACAUAUUUCAAAUAUCCUGGAUACGAAACAAGACCUACGAUGACGGAAAUGCUAAAAAACGUAUCACUUAGUUUAAUCGACUCUGAUAUUGUGAUUCUCAAUUCGCGACCCUAUGUACCGAGUUUUUUCAAAGUUCCUGGUAUUAACCACCUAAGAAAAUGAAUAAGGUAUGUUGUUGAUUUGAAAAUUGUUUUCGAUUAUGUAUGAUAUUAAUAGAAUAAUUGAAUAUCCAACGAUAGGUACGAGUAUACAUAAUACAGUGUCGUUCAAAUUUGAUGCGAUAGUAGAGUUCAUCAUGAAACAUUUCAAAACUUUUUUUGGAUAAAAUAUUAUCUAAAUACACUUGAUAUUUUUUAAUUUUUUAAUUUCUUUAAACAAAAUACCAAUAGCAUUUUUAUUUUGGUAAUUUUGUAAGCAGGAAAGGUAGUACACCAUUAUUUAUUUUUUUGUGAAUUGUAUGACCAAUCAAUUAAGAAAUUACUUUUUCGAUAAAAAAAUAAAUAUAAGUACCAAUUACAUUUAGAAUAAUAUACAAUCCUAUAAGUUUAUCACAUAGAAUAUUUUAAAAAACUAAACGUUUCAUAGUGUAAUCUACUAUUUUCGCAUAUUCUUCUUCUUAGUAUACGGUCAUUAGGAUCUAACUAUCAAACAUAUAUUUCCUGCCACUUUAUCCUAUUCAUCGCAAAAUCGUGCCAUCGAUUUCCGGUUUUAAAAUGUUUAACUGAUCUUUCUAUCUUUUUCCUAAAUUCCCAUAAAGGCCUUUAUAAAUUAAAAGACACUAAAAAUAUGUUGUAUGUUUUAUUGUAUUAUGAUGUAAAAUCUACAAGAUUUUAUGGACACAGCUAGUAUAGGUGUUGUAUUCUUGAACUUUGGAACUGUAUUGAGAAUGAAUGACAUAUCAAAAACUACUUUGGAUAUCUUCAAAAAAGUUUUGGGCCGUUUAAAACAGAACGUUAUUUUUAAAUGGAUACAUAAUAGCACACAGGGUUUUCAAGAUAAUUUCUAUGUUGAUUCUUGGUUACCACAAGUGGAAAUACUAAGUAAUAAUUCCUAAUAAUAUGUUUUAAUUAUCAAGUCUUUUAAUUAAUUUAUUUUAGAGCAUCCAAAUUGUAAAUUAUUCAUUACUCAUGGGGGAAUCCAUAGUUUAAUGGAAACAAUUGACGCCGGAGUUCCAUAG